ACAUUUGAUUAUUGUUUGCACAGUAGAUUUCAGCAGCUUGCUCGCGUUUUGGAUCUUGGUUAGCGGCUGCGGUAAAGAAAGAGGUUUUCUUCGAAUGGUGACUGUAAAACACGCACAAUUUUGUCGUUAAGUACAAGUUGCAGGCGACAGGCCUCACUUUCUAAAUCAACUAUGUCAAGAGGAGGAAUGGUUAUAUUUACAGGCAAUUCUCAUCCAGAAUUAGCUCGUUUGAUAACUACUCGACUUUGUACUGAACUCGGAAAGGCUGAAGUUUAUUUACAAGAAAACAAAGAAACAACUGUAAAUAUAGAUGAGUCUGUAAGAGGCAAAGAUGUGUUUCUUAUUCAGACUGGUUCAGAUGAUGUCAAUAAUGCCAUUAUGGAACUGCUUAUCAUGACAUACGCAUGCAAAACGUCGUGUGCGAAAUCCAUCGUCGGCGUGAUUCCGUACCUCCCCUACAGCAAACAGAGUCAAAUGAGAAAGAGGGGCUCAAUUGUUGCUAAGUUACUAGCAACAAUGUUGUCCAAAGCAGGUAUGAACCACAUAAUUACAAUGGAUUUACACCAUAAGGAAGUGCAGGGCUUCUUUGAUAUUCCUGUGGACAAUUUGAGAGCAUCACCCUUCAUUGUACAAUAUAUACAAGAAAAUAUUCCAGACUGGCGGAACGCAGUGAUAGUUGCAAGAAAUCCAGCUGCUGCAAAGCGAGCCACCUCCUUUGCAGACCGGUUACGCUUAGGCCUAGCAGUUAUCCAUGGGGAACAUAAAGAAACAGAAUCGGAGCACAUUGAUGGUAGACACUCUCCGCCAACUGUGAGAACAGUGGAUGGAAUGCAGAUGCUCCCAGGUGCUAACUUAAUACGUAGACAAAUUAUAUAUCACAGGUCCCAUGUCUUUAUUCUCAUUAUCAUAAUCAAAAUCAUAUCACUCAUAAUCCUGAAAUCAAUCGUUCUAUUUCAGGAUGAUAUGAUAGAUCAAGCUGAAUCAUUUGUAGCAGCAGCGGAGAUCCUAAAAGAACGAGGUGCUUACAAAAUUUACGCGAUGGCGACCCACGGGUUGCUGUCAGCAGACGCACCAAAACAAAUUGAAGAAUCUUGCAUCGAUGAGGUGAUUGUGACUAACACGUUACAUCAUGAGCUGCAGAAACUGCAGUGCUCUAAAAUCAAGACAAUUGAUAUCUCCCAAGCGCUGGCGGAAGCAGUCCGUCGAAUUCACCACAACGAAUCGAUGUCAUACCUCUUUCGCAAUAUCUCAAUGGAUGACUAGAUUGUGAUUACAAAUACAAUAGGCCAGGAGUUGCAUCGCUUACAGUGUUCUAAACUACGAAUUGUUGAUGUAAGCCAGAUACUAGCAGAAUCUGUCAGACGAAUACACAAUGGCGAGUCCAUGUCAUAUCUCUUCAGG